AAUGAAGGCAAUGAAAUUGAACUCACGGGAGAGAGGACCAACAAGCCAGUAGCUGGCUCUUCAGAAUUCUGAUAAAGUGAACAGACCCGGAAGAUUGAUGGGGGAAAACGGUUACACGAGAUCGGGGACGCCACCCCAGGGUUGCUCAGGGCGCUCAGCGGAGAGUAAAGAGCGGAUUCAGUUCGCGUAUACAACCAGCCACCUUUGCCAGGAUGCUCGAACACUUACACAAAGCAGUAUUUAAAACGUUUUGUUCAACUUGCUGCAACUGACUCAAGAAAGAAAGAAAGAAAAAUAGGAAACAGGAAAUCUGACAGCCAUGAAAAGAAAAACAACAUUGGUAGAAACAAUUGUGGUCAGGAAGAGAGCAACAGGCCCAGCCUUUGACAGGCCCGUCCAACUAACGGGGAGAAUAGUUUCCGUUCUAUAGAGACUUUUCCAAAGAAGGGGAAGGUAGAAAACACACCCUGCUGCACGCCAGGAGGCAGCUGGACCAUGCCUCAAAGCCAGGUAAGGAAGGAGGAGAAGGCCAUCCCAGAAGGGCACCCAGACUCCUUGCUUCACUGAGCAGCCGGAAACCUCCAGUCCCAAACAGGACGGGCUGCGCUGACCUGCCGGGGUUCCCCAGGAGCCGGGCAGAGUCAGGACAUGGGGACUCUGAGAGGCAGUCUGUAAGGGUUUGCCUCCCUCUCUGCUGCCUGCUCUUUCUGGAAGCACCUACACCCAGGCCCCCGGCUCCUGAUUUAGACCACCUGGGCUGAGGCGAGGACUAAGCUGGAGAGAUUCCAGGGUCUCACUAUAUAGUCCAGGCUGGCCCCGACCUUGCUACGUACUCCAGGUUGUCCUUAAACUCAUGGUGAUCCUCCUGCCUCGGCCUCCUGAGUGCUGAGGUUACAGGCGUGCACCACCACGCCCAGCCUGCAAUUCUGCUUUUGAGAGACGGUGUCCUCUCAUCCAGCAGCUGUGAGACUCGGGGACUAACUAACUUCAGUGCCUCAGUUUCCCCAUCUGGGAAGCAGGGCUACAAGUGCGCCGUCCACAGGGGCAGUGGCCGUGAGGACCACUCGGGACAAAGGAGGGCCGGCUCCCCGGCUGAGCACUGUGCUGCCUGAGGCCCCUGCCCGACCGACAGACGCGUCGCCUGCCUCCGUUCCCCACAGCCGAAGUGGACAUGGACGUGACUAUCCAACACCCCUGGUUCAAGCGCGCGCUGGGGCCCUUCUACCCCAGCCGGCUGUUUGACCAGUUCUUCGGGGAGGGCCUCUUCGAGUACGACCUGCCGCCCUUCCUGUCCACCAUCAGCCCCUGCUAUCGCCAGUCUCUCUUCCGUACCGUGCCGGACUCUGGCAUCUCUGAGCUCAUGACCCAAAUGUGGUUUGUAAUGCACCAACCACAUGCUGGAAACCCCAAGAACAACCCCGCCAAGGUCCGGUCUGACCGGGACAAGUUCAUCAUCUUCCUGGACGUGAAGCACUUCUCCCCCGAGGACCUCACCGUGAAGGUGCAGGAGGACUCUGUGGAGAUCCACGGCAAGCAUAGCGAGCGGCAGGACGACCACGGCUACAUCUCCCGUGAGUUCCACCGCCGCUACCGCCUGCCCUCCAGUGUGGACCAGUCGGCCCUGUCCUGCUCCCUGUCCGCCGAUGGCAUGCUGACCUUUUCUGGUCCCAAGGUCCAGUCUGGCCUGGACGCUGGCCACAGUGAGCGGGCCAUCCCCGUGUCUCGGGAGGAGAAGCCCAGCUCGGCUCCCCCAUCCUAAACCUGCCUUGCCCAGCUGCCCCUGCAGCCCUGAUCCACUGAGCCCAGGGCAUCUGCCUUCCUUUGUUUCCUUUUCAUCUUCUCAGAGGGAGUGAGGGUUUGAGAGAGAGGCCCACGGUGCCACACCCUUAGGGUGCCCCAGGCCCAAUGCCGUCCCCAAGAACAGCCCUUGCCAGUUGUCGGGGUGCGGCCUGGUCCCAGGCAACCCCUCUGCAGGUCCUGACUGCACCGCCCAGGGUGCCGCACGGUCUGGGCACCGGGGCUCUCGGCCUGUUCCCUCCUCCGUCUUCCCACACCCUUCCUCUGUGUAGUUCGCUCCGGACCCCUGUCACCCAGGAGAACGCAGCCAAUAAAGAGCAGGUGG